AUGACAAUGCGAGUCAGCCCUGUUAUACACCUGUCCUUCCUUUCUCCCAUGUACACUCUCCAGCACGCGGACGGGUCGGAGGAGGCGGUGCAGCUGAAGGUGCUGCAGACAGUGCUGACGGUGCUGCAGUCGCAGCUGCACCCCAAAGAUGAGGAGAGCAUGGCCAUCAUCCUUGGCAUCUGCCUUCGUCUCGCAGGCAGCACACGGCAGCUGGACUGUGUUCACAGCACGGCGACAGCAACGCUGCGGCAAGCCAUAGCGCUCAUCUUUGACAGAGCUGCCAGCAGUGAGGGCCUGCCCGUGCAUUCCGCCCCCCGCCAGGCCAACCGCGUGUGGAACACCUCGGAGCCGGGCGACAUCAGCCGCAUCGUCAUGGCCUCCCGGGCGACGGAGGGCGAGGGGGCGGGGCGGGGGGUGGGGGAGGAGCUGGAGACGGUGGUGCUGAAGGAGCGCGUGGACGACCUCUCACCCGCUGCUCGCAUGGGCCUCCGCCUGCUGGAAGACCUUGCUGCCCUCGCUGCUGGCCAACAGGCGCAGUGGCUGCACGUGCCAUCACUGCAGCGCACGUUCGCCCUGGAGAUGCUGGAGUACGUCGUCUCCCACUAUGCCACGCUCUUCCGCCGCCUCUCUCCCUACCAGCAGGUGCUGCAGCACAAGCUCUGUGCUCUCGUCAUGACGUCACUGCGCUCCACAGGCUCUGAGGAGGGGGAUGUGGGCGAGCCAGGGUACCGGCGGUUGGUGCUGCGAUGUGUGGCCACCCUCGUGCGCCAGCACCACGCCCAGCUCACCACUGAGUGCGAGGUGUUUCUGCUGAUGCUGGUGAAGAGCGUGGACCAGGACCUGCCUCUCUGGCACCGCAUCCUCGUGCUCGAAGUGCUCCGGGGCUUCUGUGUCGAACCAGGGACCCUUCAACUCAUAUUCAAUCUGUUUGACAUGCAGCCGGGCAACAGCAGCAUAGUGGAGGAGAUGGCAGUGGCGCUGGCGCAUGUGGUGCAGAGCGUGCAGGUGCCAGACUCCAGUGAGGAGAGUCUAGCUGCAGUUGCCGGCAUGUUCAGCAGCAAGGCCAGAGGUGAUUAUCCUUUAACCCUCACUGCUGUGCCGUCUCUCACUGUAAGCCGUGCAGGCUACAAUUUUAAUGCGUAUGUGCGUGCCAUGUGGUGUGUGGCAGCAGGGGUGGAGUGGUCCAUGGACUUUGACUGGGCGGGCAGCGCAGUGGUGGCGGCCAGUGAGGCGCACGCCAUAACGCUGGCGGUGGAGGGGCUGCUGGGCAUCGUCUUCACCAUCGCGCUGCUCACCGACGACGCCAUGGACCACUCGCUCCCCCACUCCUCCUCAAUGCCCAACUCCCCCCUCGCGACGCGCAAGCAACCGCACGCUCAGACCAUGGGCCAGGGCGGUGGGACUGCUGCCACAGAUGGUGCUGCAGGGGGUGGUGCGCGCCAGAGCGAGGAGAGGACAUCACCCGUGGACCCCCCCUUCCCACGGGUGCCAGGGCAGCACUCUGCCUUGCUGGCCGAGUCUGCCUCCCAUGCGCCCUCCCCAGGGCUCACUCGCGGCCUGCUGGCCCUGCUGGGCGGCAUGCAGGAGGAGGGCGGUGGGGGCGAGCUGAUGAAGAAAGGAGAUCAGAAAGAUGAGGAUGCGGAGAGCAGGGGCAGCAGUGCAGAGGGGCGGGUGCGCGGAGCACUGGAGGAGCUGUGUGUGCGCAUGGUGGAUGCCGUGUGGAAGACCGUGCUCGAUGCCCUCUCCAUCAUUCUUGCUCGCGCGUACCUGUCGCCCAUGAGGUCGCUGGACGCAUUGCUGGGCGUGGAGUCACGGGGCGACCUGCUCGCCUCCUCCAUGGGCUCCGCUGCUGCCGCCUCUGCUGCUGCCCUGGGGCAGGCCGUGCCUGUGCUCACACCCAAGAACAUGCACGCCCUGCGCACCCUCUUCAAUGUCUCGCACCGCCUCUGCGCUGUGCUUGGACCGUCCUGGGAACUGGUGAUGGAGACUCUGGCUGCCCUCGACCGCACCAUCCAUUCGCCAUACGCCACCAGCCAGGACGUAUCAACAUCAGCAUCAACGCCAGCAGCAGGGUCACGCGGGUCCAAGGACACAGGCGCGCCCUCCUCACAGCAGUCCGACUUCUCCGUGCUCGCCACCCUCGAUGCACAAAGCACGGUGCACAUGGACACAGCGGCCGUGCUGGCCCUGCUGGCGGCGCUGCGAGUGGUGUCCAACCGCGCUCUGCACUCCGUCACCACCGGCCUCGGCAUCGCUGCCUCGGGCUCCUCCGCUGCUGCUGCCGCCGCUGGCACGUCUGCUGCUGCAGCUGCCGUGGCGUCUCCUCUCACCACGGGCGCGCUGCCGUCGACGCUCAAGAUGUUUGCCGUGGAGCGCAUGCUGUCCGUGCUCACCCACAACAUGCACCAGGUCAAGGCAGGCGCUCUGCGCAUCCUGCUGCACAUGCUGGAGGUGAGUCCGGCGCAAUCCAUUAGCAAACCGUGGCAUGUUCUCUUUCUCUUCUUUCCCCUCUCCCUUCCUCCUUCGCUCUCUUCCAUUCUCUCUCAGUCCAUUGCUGAUGCCCUUUUGUGUCCUCUCUCUCAUCUGGUAUUCUGCACUGCCCCUCCCUUCACUGCCUGUCUGCAGCGCCAUGGGGAGAAGCUGCACUCCACAUGGCCCACUGUGCUCCACCUCCUGAGGUGUGUGGAGGUGGUGGGGGCGUUUGCGGGGCAAGUGGCGGAUGUGAACAUCUCUCUCACGGCAGUGGGGCUGCUCUGGACCAUGGCUGACUUCUUUGCUCGCGGCCUCGACCAUGCCACCACCACACACCGCACUGCCACCUUUUCCACACUACUCAACCAGUGUGACCUCCCCUCCUCCUCCUCGACAUCCUCUGCAGCAGCCCCUCUCACCUCCGCCUCCCCUGCCACAUCUCUUCCAUCAACGGCGCCAGCAGCAGCAGCAGCAUCAGCACUGAAGCUGCCAGCGUCAGCCACGCCCUCCACCUUCACCAGGAUACACAGAAAGCCGGCUCACACAGACGCAGGGGGGACCAAACGGGGAGAGGGGGGUGAAGGAACGGAUGGGGGGGGAGGGCAGGGGAGGGGAUCUGGCAGUGGGAGGAUGUUGGACGAGCGCAGCAGCGCACUGCUGCUGGCGGUGCUGUGUGUGAUGGAGGCACGUGCCAAGGACGGGCGGCCGGAGGUGCGCAAUGCUGCGAUGCGCACGCUGUUCCAGACGGUGGUCAGCCACGGCGCCAAGCUGCCCCCUGCCUCCUGGCGCCACUGCCUCUGGGACCUCAUCUUCCCCCUCAUCGACUCCGUUCGCUCCCUUGCAGCCACGGCGUCGAGAGACGAGGCGCCGGGGACGGAGAUAGGGCGGCAGGGGGGGAGGAGUGUGAUGAUGCUGGUGCACCACAGCCGCAACACGGCGCAGAAGCAGUGGGAUGAGACGCUCGUCAUGGCGCUCAAUGGCCUUGCUAGGCUCAUCCGCGCCUUCUUCCCCCUGCUGCAUACCAUGGACAACUUCCGGGAAGUGUGGGGCGCGCUGCUGCAGUUCGUGGAGGAGGGGGUGCUGGCGGGCAGCAGAGAAGUCAGUGCUGCUGCUGCCAGCACCCUGCAGACCAUCAUGCUCACACAUGCCACCAAGGGCAGCAUCCCGCGGCACUACUGGGACAGCAGCAUGGACGCGUACGAGCUGCUGCUAAGGGACAGCACGGCGCCUGCCUCUGUGGUGGCGGUGCGCACGAGGCAGAAGCUGCUGGAGGACCUGGCGGAGGUGUACAGCACGGCGGGCCUCGCCUUUGAGGACCACGACUACCUGCGCCUGCUCGCCUGCGUUGAUGUCAUGGCGCGCUGCCCCGUGCUGCCCUCUGAACCCCCUCCCCUCGCUGGCACGCUGCCCCAGGUGCAGCGCACGGUGCUGGAGGUGCUGCCGCGCCUGCAGCCCUCAGCGCACGCGCAUCUGUGGCCCGCACUGCUGCAGCAGCUGCUGGCGUACCUGCCGGGCGGGGACCGCCUGCUGUGCCCGCACUGCCGCGUGCCGCCGCGCUUCCUGUCCGAUGCCUCCCAACGCCACGCCCCCAAGGUUGCCCUCGCUGCCGCUGCAGGGGGUGUGGACGGCAGGGGGGGGAGCAGCGGCGCUGGUGAAGGAAGAGAAGAAGGAGAAGGAGAUGAUGGUGGGGAUGCGGGCGGAGCAGGCAGCGAGGAAAUCGAUAUUCAAGGAGGGGACGCGGAGGGUGCCACACAAACUGCCAGCAACGGCAGUAGCAGCCGGACGGCAUCAUUCGGGCUAUCGCUGGGCGGCAAGGUGCAGCUGUUUGCGCCGGCAGCGGUGUACGUGCCGACGUCAGGCAACCCCACGGGGUCGUUCAUGCUCAGCUACCCCGUCACGGCGCCCGGCGCCCUCUCACCCGCUCUGCAGGACCGCGUGGUGGCACUGCUGCUCGAGCUCUUCCUCAACGCGCCCCCCGAGGCCAGAGACACCGUCCUGCCCGACCUCGUUGCUGCUCUCGGCAGGUGUAUGCUCAUCCGCCGCACGUCGCCUGACCUUCAGCUGUGGCGCACGGCCGUGGCCACGCUCUCAGACAUCCUCAAACACGCCCUCCUGCCUGACCCCCCUCUCACACCACACGCCAAUCAUACCUCUCCUGACCCUCAGUCCCCUGCACACCCACCGUCUCCCACGCAUGCUUCUUCCACACACCACCACACCAAGCACCAGCAUGAGGCACAUAAGGAAGUAAGUAAGGAAGGCAACGGUGCAGUUGGCAGCAGCAGUGAGGGGGGGAGGGCGCGGCAGCGCAUGUGGCAGGAGCUGGCAGCGGUGGUGGAGCAGUUCGUGCUCGGCACAUGCGGCACCGCCCUGCUCCCAGACCUCCCCCUCUCACCCGCCCAGCCCUCACCAGCACCACCCCCAGGCCAUUCCCCCCGGCGCUCCCCCAGAGUGGGGGGAGGGGAGGGCGCAGGGGGCAGUCCGCGGAGACAAGCCGCCCCUGGCAGCGGCGGUGGCAGCGGGGCAGGGCGGGCCCCAGGGGCGGGGGGAGCAGCCGUGCCUGCUGGGAGGGGGGCGGGGGAGGCAGAGAGCAGCGAAUGGGGCACAGGCAGCGAGGGGAGGGGUGGAGGAGGCGUGGGCAGCAGUGGGUGGGCGGGGGAGGCGGGGUCGACACGGGGAGUGUCGGAGCUGCUGACUCGUGAGGUGGUGGAGGCGGAUGAAAUGCUGGAGGCUCUCUUCCUUGACACCCUCUGCACGCGCGUGCUCACCCACUGCUAUGACGCGCCCCAAAAGGAGAGGGAGCGGCUGGUGGCAGUGCUGGAUGCGUGUGCUGCACGCACCAGCGCGCUGCCCCUGGCUGCUGCAGCCGCGCUGCCAACCCACUGCGCGCGCUUCUCCCUCGCCUGCCUCUCCCGCCUCUUCAUGCUCGCAGGGCAAGGCCGUCCAGAGGACACGCUGGCAUCGUCGUCGGUGGCGGUGGGGCGGCUGGUGCUGCCUCGCCUCGUGGCGCGCUGCCAUGCCAUCCUGCACUGCUUUACUCAAGACUCCCUGCAAGCAGGCUCAGCAGCCAUGCCGGCGGUGCGGCUGGCGGAGAUGCUGCUGCUGCUGCAGGAGCUGGUGCGCCUCGUGCUGCACCCCCUCGUCGCUGCCGCAGUAGACGUGCCCAUCGCACCCAAGGCCACUGCCGAGGCGCACGUCACAGCACAGGCAGCAGCAGCCGGGGACACGCUCACGAGGGGUGAGGUGGAGCGGGCGUGGGAGCGGGACAGCGCAGCGCCGCGGUUUGUGGACAGCGAGGGGCGGCAGCUGGGGUGGCAGAGAGCGCACCUGCUGCUGCUCUACUCGCCCCUCUGCGACCUCGUCUUCCUCCGGGAUGCAGACCUGUCCAACCUGUGUGCCAUCAUAUUUCGACUGAUAGGCAAUGAACUGGGCCUGCUCAGACACGCAACCCCACACCACUAG